GCGCGCGAGCCGAGCUGGGGCGGAGGGAGAAGGGGGGAGGUCGCUGUCUAUCUGUCUCCCCCGCCUUUGCCCGGGCCGCUCGAAGUGCAGCAGCGGCGGCGGCGGGAUCCCGAGAGCCGGUGCGGGGAACCGCGGGACGCCCAGGUUCCAGCCGCGCGCGGGAGCGGGCCCGCGGCGGGGAAGGCGGGGACGGUGAGAGCGGCGGUCCCAUCCUCCCACCCAGCCGCCUCGGCCUCGCUGCGCCCCUGCCACCCCGACGCCCGCAGCGGAGCGCGCCCAGGCGCCGAGAGGGACGGCGAGCACGAAUAAAUAGCGGCGGCGGCAGCGCGUCAUCUGGCGGAGCAGGAAGUGCAGGCAGAGUCCGGAGGCCGGUGCUUCCCGCGCGUCCCCAGGACUUUGCCAUGGGCUGGGGGCCGCGCGGGCUGCGAGCAGCCAGCCAAGGGCACCGGCGACGCCGCCCGCACUGGGACUGAGCGAGCAGUGACGCGCGGCGCCGAGAUGGCAGCGUCCAGCAACUCCAGUCUGUCCGGUUCCUCCGUGUCCUCCGAUGCUGAGGAAUAUCAGCCUCCGAUAUGGAAAUCAUACCUGUAUCAGCUGCAGCAAGAGGCGCCUCGUCCCAAGAGGAUCAUUUGUCCCCGGGAGGUGGAAAACAGACCAAAAUAUUAUGGAAGAGAGUUUCAUGGGAUCAUCUCCCGAGAACAAGCUGACGAGCUUCUUGGAGGCGUGGAGGGUGCCUACAUCCUUCGAGAAAGCCAGCGGCAGCCGGGAUGUUACACGCUAGCACUAAGGUUUGGGAACCAGACCUUAAACUACCGGCUCUUCCAUGAUGGGAAGCACUUUGUGGGUGAGAAGAGGUUCGAAUCCAUCCAUGACCUGGUGACCGAUGGCUUGAUCACACUCUACAUAGAGACCAAGGCUGCUGAGUACAUUGCAAAAAUGACCACAAAUCCUAUCUAUGAACACAUUGGAUACGCCACUCUCCUCAGAGAAAAAGUGUCCAGAAGGCUAAGCAGGUCUAAAAACGAAUCGAGGAAAGCAAAUGUCGCCAAUGAGGAACACGCGUCAGUAGAGAAGAUCUCCUCACUUGUCAGAAGAGCUGCCCUCACACACGACAACCACUUCAACUAUGAGAAGACACACAACUUCAAGGUGCACACAUUCCGAGGCCCACACUGGUGUGAAUACUGCGCCAAUUUCAUGUGGGGGCUCAUCGCCCAAGGAGUCCGCUGUUCAGAUUGUGGGUUGAAUGUACACAAACAGUGUUCCAAGCAUGUCCCCAACGACUGCCAGCCUGAUCUCAAGAGGAUCAAGAAAGUGUACUGUUGUGACCUCACCACACUCGUAAAAGCUCACAAUACUCAGAGGCCCAUGGUAGUAGACAUCUGUAUUCGGGAAAUUGAAGCGAGAGGAUUGAAGUCAGAAGGGAUCUACAGAGUCUCUGGGUUCACAGAACACAUCGAAGAUGUCAAGAUGGCAUUUGACAGAGAUGGUGAGAAGGCUGAUAUCUCUGCUAACAUCUACCCAGACAUAAACAUCAUCACUGGAGCCCUGAAACUGUACUUCAGAGACUUACCGAUCCCCGUCAUCACAUAUGACACCUAUUCCAAAUUUAUAGAGGCAGCGAAAAUCUCCAAUGCAGAUGAGAGGCUGGAAGCCGUCCAUGAGGUCCUGAUGCUGCUGCCACCUGCCCACUAUGAGACCCUGCGAUACCUGAUGAUCCACCUCAAAAAGGUUACCAUGAAUGAAAAGGACAAUUUAAUGAACGCAGAAAAUCUGGGAAUUGUGUUCGGGCCCACGCUGAUGAGACCCCCUGAGGACAGUACUCUGACCACCCUCCAUGACAUGCGGUACCAAAAGCUGAUCGUGCAGAUUUUAAUAGAAAACGAAGACGUUCUGUUCUAAUCUAUCAGGGAAAUGAGCUGGUGGCGCUAACGGAAUAAAAACAUUUCUUACACUUGAUUUGUUUUUCAAACAAGUGGUAGGAUUUCCCGGACCACAGUGGACUGCAGUGUUGGGGACUGUGUCUCCCUCCUCCACGUGAGAGCAAGGGUGAGGGUAGGAAACCCCUUACCUUGGGUCUUUUGCCAUGCCUCGUAUAUAUGUCUGUUUUGCUGGAAGAGUGAUUAAUAAAUCUUUCUUUAACUUAUUAAAAAAAAAACGUAGACCUUUAAACGUCAGUCUUACCAUUAAUAAAAUGGAACUUAAUUCAUAAAGGUACUUGGUACAGUAUACAUUUUCCACCUUCACAAAAAGAAGACAAUUCUAUAUGUUAAGUGUUAAAUGAAACCUAUAUUGUAAAAUGUAUUUUAUUUUAGCUGCAAGAAUGUUAUUUUAUUUUAGCAAAUAGAACUCAAUGCAGUGCAUUGGUUAUGGCCCUGUC